AUGGUCAAAUUCUACGAAUCCUCUUACUCAUACGAUUACUCCUUCCCCGCCGUCACCCUCGCCUACUUCCUUCGCUAUCCCAAUCCCCAUAGCACACAUGUGCUCUCCACCGAUGUCAUAUCGCGCACUGUAGACCCUCAAACCGGUCGCUUGCGCACUCUGCGCAUCCAUCGCAAAUCCACACGUCUGCCCUCCGCAGUCCUUAAGCUCCUACCCAAGAGUGUGCUCGGCAACGUGAGGAGUGAUAGAAGCGAAUCAUAUAUAUUAGAGACGUCGGAAGUGGAUAUCAAAGAAGGAUGGAUGACGACGGAGAGUAGGAAUCUGGAUUGGACGGGGAUACUGAGUGUGGUGGAGCGACAAAGUUUUCAAAGGGCAGUGGUGAAAGAGGAGAAGGAGGAAGAGUUUAGUGUAGGGCCGGGGAUGACGGGUGUGAGGACGCAGGUUAGGUUUCACAGUCGACUUGGGGAUCGAUUGAGAGCGAUGAGGAAGGCUGGGGAGGAGGAGGGAGAAGAGGAAAAGAAGGGAUGGUUGGCGACUUGGAGUACGAAGGGGGUGCAGAGGAGUAUUGAGGCGAUUGCGAGUAGGAAGACGGAAAAUCAGUUGGGGAAGAGUAAGGAGGGGAUGAUGGUUGUGUUGGAGAGAAUGAGGAAUGGUGGGUUGGUGGGGGUAUUGGAUGGGAUGAGGAGGGAUAGGGAAUUGAUGUUUGCGGGUUUGGAACGAUGA